GCCCUGCGUACCAUCCGCACCUCGCUCGUUGUCCUGGCUGUUAACCAUUCCGCAAAGUACGCCGGCGUCCUUCUUGCACCCUCUCCCCCGGAGCUCUCCACCCCGCACGUGGAACGCACGAACGUCUUUGAUCUUCGCGCGCUCUGGCACGUUCGCCGGUUCCUUCUGUCUCGUACACAGGAUCUCGGGCGUCAGAGCCAGGUUCUGCACACCCCCUUCCACUUCGACGCCAAGGAGAC